CUAAUUCCCCAAAUUCCCCAAAAUCAUCUCUCUAUAAAUACCCUCUUCUUCUUCCCUUUCAACUCUCCCCUUUCAAUUUCCCUCCCUCAUCGUCGAAAAAUCUAUUACCGACGCCUCACCUGAGCAGCCAAUCCCAAUUUCUCCCCGGAACCAACAUUCAUCUCUCUUCUGCUCCCCAAUUCCCCGCUUGCUCAAGCUUUUUUAGGGUUUAGAAGAGCCCAGGAGGAGGAGGAGGAGGAGGAGGAGCUGGUUGUGAACAAUGUCUGAUGCGUUCUGCUCUGACUGCAAGCGUCAGACUGAGGUUGUUUUCGACCAUUCCGCCGGAGAUACCGUGUGUUCCGAGUGUGGUCUUGUCCUUGAAUCCCACUCCAUCGAUGAGACCUCCGAGUGGAGGACUUUUGCCAAUGAGUCUGGGGAUAACGACCCGGUUCGUGUUGGUGGACCCACAAAUCCUCUUUUGGCUGAUGGUGGACUUUCCACGGUGAUUGCGAAGCCUAAUGGUACCACUGGGGAGUUCUUGUCCUCGUCGUUGGGUCGGUGGCAGAAUCGUGGCUCCAAUCCAGAUCGAGGGUUGAUUCUUGCUUUCAAGACCAUUGCUACUAUGUCUGAUAGGUUGGGCCUUGUUGCAACCAUAAAGGAUCGGGCCAAUGAGAUAUAUAAAAGAGUAGAAGAUCAAAAAUCUAGUAGAGGAAGAAAUCAAGAUGCUUUAUUGGCUGCUUGCUUAUACAUUGCUUGUCGACAAGAAGAUAAACCCCGCACGGUCAAGGAAAUUUGCUCUGUUGCCAAUGGGGCAACAAAGAAGGAGAUUGGGCGAGCAAAAGAAUACAUUGUGAAACAGUUGGGGUUGGAGACAGGUCAGUCUGUAGAGAUGGGGACAAUACACGCUGGAGACUUUAUGAGGCGUUUUUGUUCAAAUCUUGGGAUGAAUAAUCAAGCUGUUAAAGCUGCCCAAGAAGCUGUACAGAAAUCUGAAGAGUUUGAUAUUCGGAGAAGCCCAAUUUCCAUUGCAGCAGCAGUUAUUUAUAUUAUUACUCAGCUUUCAGAUGAUAAGAAGCCUCUGAAAGAUAUAUCGGUAGCUACCGGUGUUGCGGAAGGAACAAUCAGAAAUUCAUAUAAAGAUCUCUAUCCACACGUGUCGAAGAUAUUACCGGGUUGGUAUGCUAAAGAGGAGGAUCUUAAGAACCUCUGCAGUCCUUAAAAUGUAGAGCAAAGCGACAACGACGUAUGACGGGAAUUUAAUCAAAAUUGAAGUUACUCUUUUUCUUUAGCCUUCUUGUACUUAAAACUCUUUGAGAUUUGCUAGAAAGAAAAUCUCCACCUUCUGCUUCUCCUUUUUCUAAAUAGAUUUAUUGCCAUUAUGAAAUUCUAAAUGACCCUCCCCCCUCCCCCCCAAACUUGCCCCAUAGUUUUCACCUCAUUCACAAUGAAAAGUUGUCCAAAAUUUUGUGAUGCUCUCAUGACUUUAUCAAUAUCAACAUUUAGCAUUUGCCUCAAGUUUA